GGCAUCAGACGCUGGUACUGGGAACUUCCGCCGCUAGGCCGAGGGGCGCAGGACGCCAGAGGAGGCGCGGGCCAGAGGGCGGGCGGCGGGCCGGUCCGGGGGAAGCCAGAGGAGGGCCGGGCCCCGCCGCGCCCGCCGCCAUGGACCCGUUCCUGGUGCUGCUGCACUCGGUGUCGACCGGCCUGUCGAGCAGCGAGCUGACUGAGCUCAAGUUCCUGUGUCAAAGCCGCGUGGGCAAGAGAAAGCUGGAGCGCGUGCAGAGUGGCCUGGACCUCUUCUCCGUGCUGCUGGAGCAGAACGAGAUGAGCCCCGAGAACACCGUGCUGCUCCGCGAGCUGCUCGUCUCCCUGCGGCGCCAGGACCUCCUGCGGCGCCUGGACGACUUCGAGGCGGGCGCGGCGGGCGGGGCCGCGCCGGAGGAGCGAGACCUGCGGGCAGCGUUUGACAUCAUCUGUGAUAACGUGGGGAAGGACUGGAGGAAACUGGCUCGUCACCUCAGAGUGUCUGACGCCAAGAUUGAAGCCAUUGAGGAGAAGUAUCCCCGGAACCUGGCAGAACAGGUGAGGGAGUCGCUGAGAGUCUGGAAGAACAGCAGGAGGGAUGAUGCGGCCGUGUCCCACCUGGUGAGGGCGCUCAGGGCCUGCCGGCUGAACCUGGUGGCAGACCUCAUCGAGGAGGGUCAGCGGGCCCGGGCCCUCCAGAACGAGAGUGGGGACCCUGUGUCACUCUCUGAGUCCUGGGACUCAGACUCGCCUGCCUCAGGGGCCUCCCGAUGACCCAGCUGCUCUUCUCCAGGACCAAAGGCAUCUACCCACUCUGAACUUCGGUUCCCUCCACCGCAGUUAACCACAUCCCAUCCGUGCCAGCGCGUGAAGACCUGGCAGGGAGCCGGGUGAGGGCCCACGCGGGCUCUGGGCACUAUGAUCAGCCUCAGAGGGAGAUGCUUUCAUCCCCGUUAAACGAGUUCCUACCGGAGGACAUUGCGGGCCACAUCUGACACGUAGGAGGGACCUAGAUACUAGUUAGGGUUAGAAACCUGGUCGUUGUCCAAGUGAGGAAGCGCAGAGUGGAACUGGAGGCAAGUCAGUAGUGAUGGGGGAGUUGGGCUGGUAGCCAACGCUGUCCAGCUCUGGAGCCUGCGCUUGGAACCACUGGCUCCUUCUGUCAGUGGUUGCCACGGUGGCCAGAGGCUUGGAGGCUGGCGGUGUAGACCCAUCUCCCAGGGCAGGUGGCAUGGGGGUGAGGCGAUGCCUGUGAGGUGCUUAGAAGAUGUGGACACAGGGCUGGGCAGAGAAAUAUUACGAUUCCUGUGAUUCCACAGUGUGGUGCGAUUUUGUGUCAAAACCACUAUCUUCCUGAUAACAGAGUUGGCAAGGGAGCUGGAGCCUGUGACUUUAAGAAGUAAUCUUUCUUCCUGCUUCUCAGGUAACCCUAUUGAAGCAAGGGCCUUUACAGAGGAAACCUCCACAUUACAAAGAUUUUUUUCUUCCCA